AUGGCAGAACGCAUACUCAUGAACGAAUAUAAGGCUCUUCUUAAAGAGAAAUGGGUCAACGUGGAGUUACACAAUGACGACAUCUUCAACUGGGAUGUGGCUCUGAUCGUGAUCAACCCGGACUCCAUGUACUACGGGGGCUACUUUAAAGCCAAGAUGCGCUUCCCGUCAAACUAUCCUUACUCCCCUCCAGAAUUCCGAUUCCGCAAGGCCUUGCACCAUCCGAACAUCUACCCGGAUGGCAAAUUGUGCAUUUCAAUCCUCCACGCCCCAGGCGAAGAUGCAAUGUCGGGCGAACUCGCUUCCGAGCGCUGGUCCCCGGCCCAGCGCGUCGAAUCCGUUCUGAUCUCGAUCAUCUCCCUCCUCGACGACGCUGAGCCCUCCUCCCCCGCCAACGUCGAUGCAGGCAUUCUCCUCCGUACGGAUCCAGAAGCUUAUCGCCAACGAAUCAAGGCCGAGGUCGAGAAAUCCAAGGCCGAUAUCCCGGCGGGUUUCGUCAUGCCGACACAUGAGACCUCUAUCGUGAGGGAGCCGGUCGAAAAGGAGGACCAUGACUUCUGGGCGGACAGUGAUGCAGACAGCGACGUUUUCGGCGGAAGCGACUCGGACGAAGGACUUCAGCAGUUCAGCGACAGCGAAGUUGACGAGCUCGACGACGCGGACGAUGACUCGCUCGAGGAGGAUACGAAGGACACGGCCAAGGCUUAA